UAAAUGUAUAAAGACAUUGACAUAAAUGAAAUUGAAAAGUUGAAAAAGGACUAAGAGAUGAUGUCGUUGAAAAGGGCUCCAACCAAUAUGAAAGUAAGAUGAAUUGAAAUCUCUGUGAUUAGGAGCGUUUUGGUUAAUCAAAUAAGGACUUUUUGGAAGAUGAAUUUAAGCAAAAAACUGUGGGUUUGGUUACUCGUGAGGAAUUUAAGAGGAAGAGGGAGAAUAUUGAUAAUCUUGUGAUGCAGGACAUGAAGCAGAAAUAGGAGGAGGAAACUAAAAGAAAAUUGGAACUCAAAUAAAAGCGAAAGGAAGAGUACUAGAAGAAGACUACAUUGCUGUCUUUUGAUUUGGAUGAUGAGGGCAGUCCUUAGAAAAGCUAUGGGAAAAAUGACCAUGUCGAUACGACUUAUUUGCCAGAUAUGAAUCGAGAGAGAAAAAUUGAAGAGAUGACCAGAUAAUUGGCAGGUAUAUGUUUGAUGCAUAAUGUUUAGAAUAAUAUUAGAAGGAAGUCGAAUCGUAAAAGGAUUCGCUGAUUGAUAUUUAAUUCCAAUACUGGGAUGCUUCAACUUGUUCCAAGUCUUUGAGAAUUAAGAAGAAAAUGACGAUCUUGGAAUUCCUGGAAAUGGCCAGAAGAGAGAUCAUCCGAGAUUUUGGAUUUGUAUGUGUUGGUCAUUAUGGAAUAUUAGUUAACGGAAUUUAGUCCAGAAGACUUGAUCAUAGUUGCCAAUGGAAUGAUAUUGCCUCACAAACUCAGCUUCUAUGACCUAAUAGCUCAUAAAGUCAAGAAUAGAUCUGGCACUCUGAUCUUUUCGUUUGAUCGCAGAAAGGUAUUAGUGUGAGGCUUAUAUUGGUUUUAAUUAGGUUUAAGCAAAAGGAUAGGAAUACGAAGUAGAGGUUGAGAAGUCCACAACAUGUAAAAUCAUAGAGAAGUUUAGAUACGAAAAGAUUAAACAUAUUUAUCCAUGUUCGAAAUGGGAGAAUGUAGAAAUUAACAAAUACUUAUGACAAUUUACAACAAUUAAGAC